AUGCGGUCUCAAAACCCGGAAUCGGGCCCUUGGGCUACGACCAACGACGACGGCCAGCUUGCUGGUUAUUUUUACACGUGGGAUCUGAAUGCACCUGCAACAGACGUCGGCAUCGCUUUUGUACUGAGAGAAAGAGGCUUCCCAAGAGCGGAUUCCCGGUCAUCACCAAACACUACUCAUUCUUACAACUUCUUCAACAAUCUUCCGAACAUUGGUGGAUUCCCAUUUCUACUCUACCGAUACCCCCCAAUCCCCCAAACCGCUCGCUCCAUGAGCUCUAUCAACCCUGAAGACCUGGACCUGGCGCGACAAUACCAUAACCCCGGACGUGAGUUUAUGGGGGAAAAUUUCAGAUUUGUGGUCGUAGACCCUACUCAUCCAAACCAACGCGCCUACUGGGAACGGAGUGCCCGGACCGAUUUCGAACGCGGGCAACAAAGGGACGAGAUGAAGAUCCUGAGACAAUCCGGCGGGGCGUGUAUCCCAUGUUAUCAGGGCAAGAAGAAAUGCGAUCCCGGCAACCCUUGUCGACAAUGUCUACGACGGGGCCUGCAAUGCGUUCGAAAGAUGAAGUUCUCCACCAGCUCAAACAACACCCCGUCGGAUGAUGUACAUUCCUCCUCGCCCGAUCAGGAUCGGCGAGACGACUUUUCUGCGAUCACCCCGCCUAUCGAGAACGUCUUGCCUCAAGACAAUCCGGGUGCCUCGGGCUUGCCGGGCAAUCUACCGUCAAAAAAUAAUGUACAUUCGACAUCGUCUCAAAUGCCCAACACCUAUGGAAAUGCCAUUGACAACAUAUUUCUCACUCCUGCUGAUAUCGCGCGCAUUGUCGACUUUGAUGUUGACGACCCGAAUUAUCAUUCCUCCAUGGCUGCUGCCCUACGAGACGUCCUUGAUAGAAGGGCUUGA